AAGGCCUUGGUCCCACAACUUCUCACAGAGUACAUAAUCUUUACAGAGGAGACACAGCUCAACAUACAAACUGAUAUACAGAUAUUUCCAUCAAAAUGUGGUUAUCCCUAGCAGUGCUCCUCUCUGCCUCCUGUGUCUGUCUGGCACAGGAUAAGGUAAAAAUCAAAAUCAAAAUCAAAACAUCAGAAGCACUGGAGAUGUCAGACAAUCCAGGCCUGCGCUCCAGGCGUAUGGUUGGGGGCACACUGGCCCCUCACGUCCCCUGGCAGGCCAUGGUCUACCUGAGUGACAACGUCAUGAACGGGGGCUUCGCUGGGGGGGCUCUAAUCUCUGACCGCUGGGUCCUGACCGCUGGCAGGAACCUGUUUGUCAGGAAGAGUCGGCAGGACACCCAGGGGAAAGAACCAACCAUCCCCAAGGUGUACCUAGGCAUCACGCGACGCUCCCAAGCCGAUGCCUCCAAAGAAGUUGCAGUAGAAAAGGUGGUUCUGCACCCAGGCUUCCAGAAUGUUUCAGACUGGGACAACGACCUGGCUCUGAUUCAGCUGAAGGAGCCAUUCAACCUAAGCGAGGCUGUGAUGCCCAUCCCUCUGCCUGAGAGGGGUGAGGACCUGGCUGAGGCAGCCCAAGAGAAAGGCAUCAUCACAGGCUGGGGCUGGGGGGUCCUCUUCACCCCCGCUGAGUUACUGAAACACCUGGUGUUGCCUGUGGCAUCGCACAGCUCCUGUAAGGCAGAGUACACCCUAGGUGGCCAGGUGCUGAACAGCACUCCAACCGUAGACGACAACAUGUUCUGUACUGGAGCCAACAGGUACCAGGAGAAUGUGUGCUUUGGGGAUGCAGGUGGUGCCCUGGCAGUCCAGGACCCCAACGACGGCAGAGUGUAUGCUGCAGGGAUCCUGUCCUUCGAUAAGACCUGUGCCGUGGAGAAAUACGCUGUCUACAUGAAGCUCUCUGCCUACAUGCCUUGGAUCAACAGUGUCCUCAGGGGCGACAGUGAGAAAUCAACCAGUCUCCGCUCCAGUGUAAUGUCUGAGAUGUAUUCAAGGCAGUUGUAGCCUCCACUCAGCACAGUUUCAGAUAUGAGAGCCUGGGCUCAUAAUCUCCAUUAUGCCUUUGCAAACAAAGUCAUUUUCUGCCUUGAUCUUGUAAAACGGAAGUUAUGACUUUAAUUGAGUGUGUGUCCCUGUCUGAAUGUUAUAUACCCACACCCAAUCCCUUGGGUUGAUUUCAAAGGAUUUUCAAUAAAUUCACCUCUCUUAACAAGA